GACGCAGGCAUGCGGAUCCUCGCCGUCGACCCUCUGCGACCGGGGUCAGACCACGACGCCCACGUCUGGAGAACUACGUGGUUGCGUCGUCGGUUCCUGGAGGGGCAUAUUGCCAAGGCCGGCGAACACCUCCUCGGUGACAGCGGCUACCCCCUGGAACCAUGGCUCCUGACCCCAGUCACAGGCCACCAUCCCAUACACACUGCAGAAGGCAGGUACAACACUGCACAUGCUGCCAUGCGGUCCGUAGUGGAGCGGUGCAUUGGGCUUCUGAAGAGCCGCUUUCGCUGCCUUCAGCGGUACCGCGCCCUCCACUACGAGCCAGAACGCGCUGCCAACAUCGUUGCAGCAUGUGCAGUGUUGCACAACUUGUGUCUCGACGAAGGUGACGUGUUAAUAGAUGAUGUUAGUGAUGACAGCAGCAACAGCAGCAGUGAUGAUGAAAGUGGCAACCCCUCCCCACAGAGAGUUCCCCGAUCUUCGCUGCCAUGGUCACGCAUGACCUGCACAUCAGUUCACAAGACUGGCUACAACUUGGCAGCACAACAGCUUGUGAGGAUGUAUGGGCACCACCACCAAAUGCUGCAGCGGUGA